UUGCCCGAGUGACUCCGCGUCGCGCCCGAGUGACGUUGCGCCGCGGGCAAGAUGGCGGCGCACGGGAGCUGAGAGAUGGGUCCGUCGGCGCUAGGCCUGCGGCGCCUCCUGCUCCCCGGCCCAAGGCCGGGACUGGGGCUCGGCACGGCCCUGCGCCGCAGCGGGAGUUCGGGAGGCGGCGAGGCGCCGCGCCGCACGCUGUACGAGGUGCUGGGCGUCCCGGCCACCGCCACGCCGGCGCAGAUCAAGGCGGCGUACUACCAGCAGUCCUUCCGCUUCCACCCCGACCGCAACGCGGGUAGCGCGGCCGCCGCCGAGCGCUUCGCCGCCGUCAGCGAGGCCUACCGCGUUCUGGGCAGCGCCGCGCUGCGCCGCAAGUACGACCGCGGCGCCCUCAGCAGCGAGGACGUGCGCGGCGCACCCCGGCCCUCGGGCCGCGCCCCCGCUGCGCCGCCCCCCGCCCGUGCCGCCGCCGCCCGCAGCGGCCCCGCAACGCCGCCCUUCGACUUCGACGCCUUCUACCGCGCGCACUACGGCGAGCAGCUGGAGCGGGAGCGAGUGCUGCGGGCGCGCAGGGAACGGAUGCGCCUCUGCCGGGAGGAGGCUGCGGCCCAGGGCCGCCUGCGGUUCCUUACAGACCUCACGGUCGGGCUCGUCUUCGUGCUGGGCUUUGCGAUGCUCUAUGGCCUCAAAUAGCGGCGGGCCGGCACGGUGCUGGCACCCCUCGGGCGGUGUGGGACUCGUGUGGGGGCUCAGCAUCACUUCAGAGGCAAUGUGUGCCUGCAGUCUGGCAACAUGUUACUGCACAUCCCCGCUCCGCGGCUGCCAUGUGCCCCAUUUGCCAGCAGACCCCAGGUGAGGUGCCCGGCAGGGAUACAACUCCGCUUUGUGGCCUCUGACGUCUCCACUGGCACUGCGCUGUGACCUGAGUGGGAACUGCAUCUCUGUUCUGCUGAGCCAUGGUAGAGAUUAAAUAAUUGCCAGUGGUGUCUGUGUGCUGCAUGUGUACCGUGAGAUGCUCUCGCUGAUGUUAAGCAACAUCUCCCUGUGGGUUCCAUUAAUCCCAAGCUUGCUGCCUUUGUGCUGUCACAUAUAAUAUAUUUUUGGAGCAUUAGUCUCCAGCCUGCACCAUGGCCCUGUGUGUCUCUGCUCAGGGCCUGCCUCACACUGUGCUGAGCACAGAGCUCUCGGUUUCAGCAGCCUGAAAGAGUGGAACGUGGGCCUGUGGCAGCCCAUGUCCUGGUCAGCGUGUGCCAUCACCUGGAGGUGCUGCCCAAAGCGCCUCGCUGUGCAGGUUUGCACAAGACCAUCUUGUACAGCCAUUGUGGCUGAGAGCGGUUCACUUUGGUCAGUGGCAUUAUUUGUGUUUGACUUGUCUCUAAGCAUCCUUUGCACAUACGAGUAUUUGCCUAAUUAAGUACUGAAGAGAUUCAGAAACUGAAGAUGGUCUCUGAGAGCUUCUGUCUUUCCUUGGGUGAAGGUUUCACCUGUGAUACAUGGUACUGCUAGGAGAGAGUGAAGCUUGCUGGAACACUGUGUUGCAACACCUGGAGCGCCAAGGACAACGUCUAUGGGACUUUGCACUGUGUUUUCUGGGCUGGACUGUGCCGAAGCCAUGCCCUCCCCUCACUGCAGUGAUGCAGGGUUUUGAUUUCUCCCAUUACAAACAAAAGCAAAUGCCUCAUGUUUUUCAGCAAUGGAGUUCUGUGAUACUGAGCUGAGGUAGCAGCAGGGCAGAGUGCAGUGUGUACUGGUGGGCGGUACGUGCUGCUGCAGGAGAGUCGCCUGUAUCUUUUGGAAAGAACUGUACCACUUUUAACUGCAAAUUUAGCCCAGGAGCAGAGAGAGGGCUUUCCAGGAUCCUCUGUGGUUGUUGGUGGGAUUAUGGUCCUGAAAUUUUGGCAUAUAAAGAGCAGGCAGAGCCUGGCAUUCAGGGGCACUGGCUAUAGAGUGAAAGUGUCUAGAGCUGUGGCUAUGUGCCAGCACACCGAUGUACUUUUGUGUUGUAAGCCAUGUCCCUUACUGCCUCCAGAAGCAGCUUCCCAGGAAGAGCUUGGCCAGCGGCAUUCUCUUGCAGACUGGAAGAGCUCUGCGCAGCCAUGGGAAGCAGCGUGUACUGUGUGGGCGCACCUCUUUAGUUUGUGGUAUUGUGAUUUGGCAGUUUUUAAGGCAGUCCUGCUAAACACAGGUUAUCUUCUGGGUUGAUCUCUCUGUAUGUGGUGCUGAGGCCCAUGGCUUGGGCUUCCAGGUAGGGAACAGGUCAGGUGUAGUGCAGCAUGGAGCAGGAGGAGCUGAGUGCUGUGCUCCUGGCACUGCUCCGGUCCCUGGCUCUGGGACAGGGAAGCGCUCCUGUGAGAGAUCUGGCUCUCCUGAUCAGUGCUUGGUGCUUGUGUCUGAAAUCAAGGCACCAAAGUUCAUGUGCCUUACUAUGGUGGUGUGAGCAGUUUGUAUUGCUGGUUCUUCCUGUUCCUCCUCAGGUCUCCAUGACACAUCCUGAGCAUUAAAAUUAUCCAUCCAUAAAUUA